AUGCAUCUUGCAACAGAUCUUCUUCAUCCCUCUCCAGAAGAGAAGAGGAAACACAAGAAGAAGCGCCUGGUGCAGAGACCCAAUUCCUAUUUCAUGGAUGUAAAAUGCCCAGGAUGCUAUAAAAUCACCACCGUCUUUAGCCAUGCACAAACAGUAGUUUUGUGUGUUGGCUGCUCUACUGUCCUCUACCAGCCUACAGGAGGAAAAGCAAGGCUUACAGAAGGAUGCUCUUUCAGACGGAAGCAGCACUAAAAUCUCC